CAUUUCCACACCCACUCCGUCGUCGGAGUCAAAUCUGCACCUCAGAGCGAACCAGCUCGCGACCGAGAGGAGGAGGAGGAGGAGGAGGAGGAGAGGAAGGCAGGGGACGAUGCAGAUCUUCGUGAAAACCCUAACGGGGAAGACGAUCACGCUCGAGGUCGAGAGCAGCGACACCAUCGACAAUGUCAAAGCCAAGAUUCAGGACAAGGAAGGUAUUCCUCCGGACCAACAGCGAUUGAUCUUUGCUGGUAAGCAAUUGGAAGAUGGACGAACUCUUGCGGACUAUAACAUCCAAAAGGAGUCGACCCUUCAUCUGGUGUUGAGGCUCAGGGGAGGAACUAUGAUCAAGGUUAAGACCCUUACUGGGAAGGAAAUUGAAAUAGAUAUUGAGCCGACCGAUACCAUCGACCGUAUCAAGGAAAGGGUUGAAGAGAAAGAAGGAAUUCCACCUGUCCAGCAAAGGCUUAUAUAUGCCGGUAAGCAGCUUGCAGACGAUAAAACAGCUCGAGACUACAACAUUGAGGGUGGCUCUGUCCUCCAUCUUGUGCUUGCACUGAGAGGUGGCAGAUUUUAAUUGAAUCUUACCAUACUGGGGUUGUGUUCACUGUUGGCACUUCAUUGAACUAAAGAAAGCUUGCUUAAUCCUUUUGCAGUGUGGAUAGACUUGAGAUGUUAUAAGCAACUCUAUGAACAUGAUAAUUGCCUUUUUGCUCUA